ACAUUGACAGCUUGCUUUUAAGGUUAGGUUUGAUCCGACAGCUAGUAUUUUAUUUUGUUUAUUUUGCUUGUAUACUUAUUAUUAAAUAUCUUUCCGGAAACUAAUUAUACAAUGAGUCUACCGACAGACUUCGGGCCGGAUUCAGGUGGACGAAUAAAAGGUCUUACAAUCGUCAAACCGAUAGUCUACGGUAACGUAGCGAGGUAUUUCGGCAAGAAGCGAGAAGAGGACGGACACACGCACCAAUGGACGGUAUACGUAAAACCUUAUGCCAACGAAGAUAUGUCGAAUUACAUCAAGAAGGUGAACUUUAAGUUGCACGAGAGCUACGCUAACCCGAACCGGAUUGUGACGAAGCCGCCGUACGAGCUCACGGAGACGGGCUGGGGCGAGUUCGAGAUCGUUAUCAAGCUACAUUUCCAUGAUCCAAAUGAGAGACCGGUAACACUCUACCACAUCCUUAAGCUCUUCCAGUCGCCAGCGUCCGAGGGUGCUCCCCCGACCGUCGGCCGGGCGCUUGUCAGCGAGUCCUAUGAAGAGAUUGUGUUUCAGGAGCCGACACAGCUAAUGCAGCACUUGCUCACCACCGUCAAACCUGUCACCAAUGGAACUUGGACUCAUGACACUAACUUUGAAGAAAAGAAAGAAAAAACAUUAGAGAAGAUCAUAGCAGCACAAGCCAAGGUGCGCAGCGAGAUAGCCGAGCUGAAAGAAAAGUUGCAGCUAGCCAAGGAGACAGGGGCCAAGUUUAAAGAUGAAAUCGCCAAACUACAGAACAGUUCUUCUGGCUUGCUCUCUGUUAUAUAGGGAUCAUACAUAAUAUAUACAUACACAGAAAAUUAAAAAUCGCCUCUACUCUUUGAUGACCGGUUUAGUGGGUAGUGACCCUGCCUGUGAAUCCAAUGGUCCUGGGUUCGAAUAUCGUCGCCUAGCACCCAUAGUACAAGCUUUGCUUAGCUUGGUGCUAGGUUGAUCUGUGUAAGAUGUUCCCUAAUAUUUAUUUAUUUUAUUUACAUACACAGAAAAUUAAAAAUGGUCUACUGUUUCUAACUCUGUUAACCCUUCGACUGACACAGAUGUCCACAUACGCGCAAGUUAACGGUUUAAUAUUAACCUUUGUGCAUACAAAAUUGUUUACCGUGGCCAUUUUUAGGGUUCCGUACCCAAAGGGUAAAACGGGACCCUAUUACUAAGACUUCGAUGUCCGUCCGUCCGUCCGUCCGUCCGUCCGUCUGUCUGUCACCAGGCUGUAUCUCACGAACCGUGAUAGCUAGACAGUUGAAAUUUUCACAGAUGAUGUAUUUCUGUUGCCGCUAUAACAACAAAUACUAAAGACAGAAUACAAUAAAGAUUUAAAUGGGGCUCCCAUACAACAAACGUGAUUUUUGACCAAAGUUAAGCAACGUCGGGAGUGGUCAGUACUUGGAUGGGUGACCGUUUUUUUUUUUCGUUUUUUUUUUGCAUUAUGGUAUGGAACCCUUCGUGCGCGAGUCCGACUCGCACUUGCCCGGUUUUUUUUAUAAUAGGCGUCGCGUUCAAAGGGUUAAAGAAGGGUUAUAGAGUCUAACGGAGGCCCC